UGGCGUUUUCACUCUUUAAGAUUGUGUUGAUGAAUCAGGGGCAUCAUUUCAUCUGGACGCCUGUUUCCGGUGGCCUCUAUUGAAUUUCGUCUCGUAACGUUAUUGAUUAAAACAAAUGAUGUCGUAGUUUAUUUGACAAAAUUCACCUCUAAAUGAUUAAUGCAAUGUGCAAUUCGGUUAAAUAUCUGAGUAUUGUAUAAUGAAACCAGAGAUGUUCCUCAUUUUUGUCGCUUUCUCGUUGUGUCACGUUGAUUUUAGUAUAACGAAAUACGUGAAAUACGAGUCUAAGUGUCGAAAUGAUGAACAUUCAGCCCGUUACGUGAAGGUGUUCAUUCACAGGGUGUAGUCGUCAUGAGCACAUGAGCUCGAUCACGUUGCCCACAGACCGGAGCCGAUUUUAAAGUUCCUCCCAGCAGGAGUCAAAUAACGUUACCCGCUAUUCACAGUGUCGCUUCAGAUUUUUGUCCUUCCUUGUGUAAACUAUACUGGUCAAAAAAACGGAUGCAAAUUCCCAGCAGCCUCUCUGACCUUUAAUUUCAAGAACAAACCAGCUGAUAGAGUCUGAGCAGUGUUAUUGUGAGGAAAAGCAGGGGACACGUAACGUUACGGAACAGCCUGCACAAACGUGGCACUAUGAAGACUUUUAGAGGUCGAGACUGAGGGAAUGAUGUGUUCUGUAUCUUGGCACAGCGCUCGACGCGUCGCCACGCGCAGAGAUCUCGCCUGCUGAUUGGCUACUUGUGAAGGCAGGGCAGUAUAAAUACUCCUCAAAUUACAAUUCUCAUUCUUUCGAGUUACAAAAUCUGCAAGAUAACUACUAUGCCAGUUGUCAGAGUCCUGAGUAAGGUGGCAAAGCAGGCCCUGCUGGCCCCUGCGUGUGGAUGCCAACCUCUGGCUGUUGCGGUACGCAACAUCAGCUUUUCGCCGCGUCAGGUCACCUCUGGAUCGGAUGCCAGCUUUCACUCUGUGUCCUUCUCAGAGACGGACCACCCCAAAGUUCUUAUCACAGGUGGCCUUGGGCAACUAGGGGUUGGGCUUGCCAAACUGCUGAGGAAGCGUUUUGGAAAAAACAAUGUGAUCCUUUCCGAUAUCAGAAAGCCACCAAGCAAUGUCUUUCACAGCGGCCCCUUUAUCUACUCUGACAUUCUGGACUACAAGAAUUUACGAGAGAUUGUGGUUAAUAACAGGAUCACUUGGUUGGUGCAUUACAGUGCCCUUCUGAGUGCUGUCGGGGAAGCGAAUGUUCCACUUGCUCGAGCAGUCAACAUCACAGGUCUACACAACAUCCUAGACAUUGCUGCAGAACAUGGACUUCGGCUCUUUGUCCCCAGCACCAUUGGUGCCUUUGGACCAACUUCACCUCGGAAUCCUACUCCAGACCUCUGCGUGCAGAGACCACGAACGAUUUACGGUGUCUCCAAAGUCCAUGCUGAGCUAAUGGGGGAGUACUAUCACCACCGCUAUGGCCUUGACUUUCGCUGCCUGCGGUACCCUGGCAUCAUCUCUGCAGACUCUCAGCCCGGCGGUGGCACAACAGACUACGCCGUUCAGAUUUUCCACGAUGCCGUCAAGAGCGGCAAGUUUGAAUGCAACCUAAAGCCAGACACCCAGCUACCCAUGAUGUACAUCGAUGAUUGUCUGCGGGCCACUCUGGAGGUGAUGGAGGCCCCUACAGAAACACUCAGUAUGCGUACCUACAACAUCAACGCCAUGAGCUUCACUCCCGAAGAACUCGCUGCGGAGGUCCAAAAACAGCUGCCUGAACUGCAGGUCACAUAUAAUAUCGACCACAUGCGACAGGCCAUAGCUGACAGCUGGCCAAUGAAUUUUGAUGACACCAAUGCCCGCAACGACUGGGGUUGGAAGCACGACUACGACCUUCCAGAGCUGGUCCAAACGAUGUUCAACUUCAUCGGCUCAGACUCUCGAAUAGCCCAAGCCAGCUGAUUUUGAAAUUGGACACUGAAAAAUUGUACAUAUCAGAAAGAUUGAUAGCUACAGAGAAGAGAGAUCCAUGAGAUGUAAAUAGUAAUUUGCCUUUUGGGCUAGCACAUGAUAGCUAUAGUUGUAGAUUAUCCAAAAGGGUUGGGUCUCUCUUUUUCGUGGUCACGUCAGAAUAUCCUUCACGGGGCUUUUAUCAGUGAUCCACAGAUCUCUCAAAAGUUGACUGGUGAAAAAGAUAAAACCUACAUGCCUGUCUUCAGGCAAAACAAAAGACAAUCCAAAAAUGAAUGUGGCAGCUCAUAAACUUGUUCCCAAGCUCUAUUCUGACAGAAAGAUUUUCGAGGUUCUUUCAAGAGAAAUUCCUUUACUAUACCAUUUCUGAGGAGCGCAGUGUUGAUAUAAGGCAAGUGGUUAAUGGUCAUGUUCCUGAUGGGUUUAUGAUGAGUUGUUGAAAUAAGUUAGUCAAAUAACUUGAGUUAAAGUGCAUUCACAUUCUAAAGUAAAUGGCCAAAUACAUUCUUGAUUAAACAGUGUGGGACCUAAAUGUGUGCAGUAGGUCCUCUGGGAAGAAAAAGGGUGGUCAUGAUAAAUUAAGUUAUCAAAUCCCUCUUGGCUGCUUUUUCUCUCUUGCGCACGUCUAUUUAUUCAGUCUGCUUACUUGCAAAUAAAAUAAACUCCAGCAAUAGUCAGUCUUGCUCUGCAUUAUUGCAGUAUAUGUCAACAAGGUCACGUUUUGUCAAAUGCAGGUUUUUUUGCGUUUGCCCACAAACUUGCCCACUGUGAAUAUAUUAUCCCGUGUGAAGGGGAAAGUGGGAAAACUUUAAAUUAUUAUUUUUUAAUUAAGCUUUGCAUCCACAUCUUUUGUUCUUCUGAUCACAAAACUUGUGUCAUUAAAGCUUUUUUAUUUCAAUUA